GAUCUGCUCGUAUUAGGAGACGGGGCCGGGCAUAUGGAUGGUGAGGGCAGUGUGGAGUAGUUGGGGUAGAUGGUCAAGUGGGAUAGCUGCUGUCCCAUGGAGAAACAGUCAGGGGUGCAGGACCUGGCUCAAGGUGAACCAUGAGGUGCAACAGCUUUCUUUGGAAGACCCUGACCUGGAGUUACUCGUGGGCUUCAGUUCUCUGUGGGAAUGGGACCCGUUCUCAGGGUUCCACGACUGGCCGCUAUUCGACAUGCCAAGGGUUUGGUCUGAGAGUCUCGAUCGUGUUUGGAAGCCUAAGAUCUCAGGGGCUCUGCAGACGGAUCAAGGGUCAGUGUCAUGGCAGGAGACUCGUGUGUCGUCGGGGAGGCCAGAAAAUCUUUCGCUAUGGGCCCGAAGACCCGAGGUCUCUGCGAUCUUUGGACAUAGAGCUCAUUAAGAGCGACAAAAUGGACGUCGUAAACCAGCGUGUUGUUAUAUCUCCCGCUCCCUGUGAAAAUGGGAUACACCUCCCUCUUCCUUGCCAGAGAGAGAGAGAGAACCUGUGGUUGUCGAAUUUCAGAUGAAAUAUGAAGCUUUUGGGGUAACUUUGGUCUGUGUCUUUGCUAUCACUUAGCAUACGCUUGGGCUCGGUGAUUGUACUGAUGCGCUUUUAUUUUUGCUGGUGGGGGAGGGGGACUGUUGCUCGCUGCCGCUUAUGUGCGGGAGGGGGGAGCUGAGAGGAGAUCUUCGGGGUUCUCACAUUUAACUGACGUUCAUUCUUUGGGACACUUCUCUAUUUUUGUGGAUGUUUGCAAAGAAAAAGCACUUUAGGAUGUAUAUUGUAUACAUUUCUCUGACAUUAAAUUGGACCUUUGAACCUUUGAACCUCAGUUGGGAAUCUUGGUCAUUGUGGAUCGGUUGGGCCGAUGAGUGUAUGACCCCAUGAUUUUAACCACACUUCCACAGUUUUGUAAUCAAAGGCACACACAAUUGAUAAGAAAGAACAAUUACUAAAAGUGGAGAGAGGGUGGAAACUAGUUCUGUCAUUCAUAGCAAGAAACGUACCUAUGACUGUCUGACCUUGAACUUAAUGGCAUUAUGGGAGCUCACUUGUACAUUUGGGUGUCCAUAAGUUGGUGGUACCUAGCCCAGGAAUGGUCUGUAGUUAGUGGUAGGGAGGAGGAAGAUUGAAGGAGAGAGGACAGAGUAGGGAGGAGGUCAAAACCAAGAAGGCCUCGAUGGUAGAGCACUGGAAACCUGUGCCAGCCAACUGGCAGGAGCGAUCAAGGACAUCUUCAAUCUCUCACUGCUGCAGAGGUUCUCACCCGCUUCAAAACGGUGCCCAGGAAGGGCACGGUGAACUGCUUCAACAACGAUUGCCCAUUUGCACUCACAUCUACAGCACUGUGAUGAAGUGCUUUGAGAGGUUGGUCCUGGCUAGAAUCAGCUCCUGCCUGAGCAAGGACCUGGACCCACUGCAAUUUGCAUUUGCCUGCUGCCACAAUAGGUCUACAGCAGAUGCAAUCUCCCUGGCUCUCUUGGAUCACCAGGAUAACAGUAAUACCUACAUUGGGCUUCUAGUUCUCGAUCACAGUUUAACAUUCAACAACAUCAUCUCCUCAGUACUAGUCAACAAGCUUCAAAACCUGGGCCUCUGUAGCUUCCUCUUUAACUCGAUCCUUGACUUCCGCAUUGGGAAAACACAGACAGUACACAUUGGAAAUAACAUCUCCUCCUCUCUGACAAUCAACAUUGGCGCACCUCAGGGAUGCGUUGCAAACUCUCUUUAUGCUCACGAUUGUGUGGCCAGGCACAGCUCAAACACCAUCUAUAAGUUUGCCCAUGACACAACUGCUGUUGGCAGGAUCUCAGAUAGGGACAAGGAGACAUACAGGAGUGAGGUAGAUCAGCUAGUUGAGUGGUGUUGCAAGAACAACCUUGUACGAAAUAUCGGUAAAACCGAGGAAUUGAUCGUGGACGUCAGGAACACACACCAGUCCUCAUCGAGGGAUCAGCAAAGGAAAGAGUGAGCGGAUUCAAGUUCCUGAGUGUCAACAUCUCUGAUUUAACCUGGGCUGUACAUGUUGAUGCAAUUACAAAGAGGGCACCCCAGUGGCUAUAUUUCAUUAGGAGCUUGGUGUGUCACCAAAGGUUUAGCAAGUUUCUACAGAUGUACCGUGGAGAGCAUUCUAAUCGGUUGUAUCACAGUCUGGUGUGGAGGGGGCCACUGCACAGCACUGGAAAAGCUGCAGAAAAUUGCAAACUCACCAUGGGGACUAAUCUCCCCAGCAUCGAGAUCAUCUUCAAAAGGUGAUGCCCCAAAAAAAUACCAUCCAUCUUAAGGACCCCCAUCACCCAGGACGUGCUCUCGUCUUGUUACUGCCCUGAGACAGGAGGCAUGGGAGCCUGAAACACACACUCAAAGUUUUAGGAAUGUUUAACACACUCUGCCAUCAGGUGUCUGAACGGACAGUGAACCAAACCAUGAACCCCACCUCACAAACAGGAGAAAAAUCUGCCGACGCUAAAACCCAAGCAACAUGCACAAAACACUGGAGGAACUCAGCAGGCCAGAAAACAUCUACGGAAAAGAGUACAGUCAACAUUUCGGUCUGGUGAUCAACACUGGUGCACCUCAGGGGUGUGUGCUUAGCCCACUGCUCUACUCUCUGUAUACACAUGAGUGUGUGACUAGGCAUAGCUCAAAUACCAUCUACAAAUUUGCUGACGAUACAACCAUUGUUGGUAGAAUCUCAGGUGGUGACGAGAGGGCGUACAGGAGUGAGAUAUGCCGAUUACUGGAAUAGUGCCACAGCAACAACCUGGCACUCAACGUCAGAAGACAAAAAAAGCUAAUAGUGGACUUCAGGAAGGGUAAGACAAAGGAAAACAUACCAAUCCUCAUAGAGAGAUCAGAAGUAGAGAGAGUGAGCAGCUUCAAGUUCCUCGGUGCCAAGAUCUCUGAGGAUCUAACCUGGUCCCAACAUAUCGAUGUAGUUAUAAAGAAGGCAUGACAGAGUCUAUACUUCAUUAGGAAUUUGAAGAGAUUUGCUGUGUCAAGAAAUACAGUCAAAAACUUCUGUAGUUGUACCGUGGAGAGCAUUCUGACAGGCUGCAUCACUGUCUGGUAUGGAGGGGCUACUGCACGGGACUGAAAAAAGCUGCAGAAGGUUGUAAAUCCAGUCAGCUCCAUCUUGGACUCUCGCCUACAAAGUACCCAGGACAUCUUUAGGGAGCGGUGUCUCAUUAUUAAAGACUUCCAGCACCCUGGACAUGCCCUUUUCUCACUGUUACCAUCAGGCAGGAGGUACAGAAGCCUGAAGGCACACACUCAGUGAUUCAGGAACAGCUUCUUUCCCUCUGCCGUCUGAUUCCUAAAUGGAUUUUGAAGCUUUGGACACUAUCUCACUUUUUUAAUAUACAGUAUUUCUGUUUUUGCACAUUUAAAAAAAUCUAUUCAAUAUACAUAAGUGAUUUACUUGUUUAUUUAUUAUGUUUUAUUUUAUUUAUUAUUUUGUUCUCUCUCUGCCAGAUUAUGUAUUGCAUUGAACUGCUGCUGCUAAGUUAACAAAUUUCACAUCACAUGCCAAUGAUAUUAAAUCUGAUUCUGA